AUGGAUUCCGAUUUGAAACUACAUUAUGGCCGCUUACGGCGAUUCUUCUUCGGUGAUGAACCAUGGAAAAUAGCUGGGAAAGAUUCAGAUAUCGAAAAACUUUUUCGGAAAUUCUUUUCUAAAUUACAAACUAAACUUCAAAGGAAGAAAGAAAGUGAUCAAAAGAAUGAAGAAAACGCCACUCCAUCAACCAGUAGCGUCCUGAUUGUACCGGACAGUUCCAAGUUCUUGCGCCAUCAUACAACUCGUUUAGCUGUGAACAUUCUGAAAAAAUAUGACCUUGAAUUGAGAGAAGUUCCGGACCAUGUUUUAUACGAUUAUACUUUUGCUCUUUCAUCAUUUAUUGCUUACGAGAAUCGAUUAAAAUUCAAUCAAUUACGACGGUUGCGUGUCUCUCAGAAAAACUUACCUGUUUCGGAAAAACGUGACGAAAUCUUGGAGACACUCCAAAAUGUAAAAGUUCUUCUUAUUGCUGGUGACACGGGUUGCGGUAAAAGUACUCAGGUUCCACAAUAUCUUUUGGAUGCAGGUUAUGACCGUAUUGCGUGUACGCAGCCACGUCGCAUUGCAGCAAUGGCUCUCGCUCGACGAGUUGCCUAUGAAACACUGAAUGAAUAUGGAAGCAAGAUAGCUUAUCAAAUAAGGUUCGAGAAAACGCGUACAUUGAGAACUCGGCUGUUAUUUGUCACCGAAGGAUUACUUCUAAGGCAGUUACAGACCGAUCCGGAACUCAAUCAGUACAAUGUCAUUAUAUUGGAUGAAAUCCAUGAACGCAAUUUAUCCGGUGAUUUCUUGUUGGGACUACUUCACAAUUUGCUGCGAAAGCGAGAUGAUUUAAAGCUAAUUUUAAUGAGUGCUACCAUCAACCUGGAGUUGUUUCAAAACUAUUUUAAAGAUGCGCCAGUUAUCAAGAUUGCUGGACGUCUUUAUCCUAUUGAGCUACGAUAUAUGCCAAUAAAAGAACAUAACCAAUAUGAAUCGGAAAAGAAGAAAGCAAAAAUUGAUCCGGGGCCAUAUCUUAAUAUCCUUCAAAUGAUUGAUGCAAAAGUUGACAGGAAUGAGAGAGGCGACGUUUUGAUAUUCUUGAAUGGUGUCUCAGAAAUAUCGACAGUUGCAGAAGCCUUAAAAAUCUACGCGGAAACAUCAAAGAAAUGGGUUAUUCUAACACUUCACAGCACGCUGUCGACAGAAGAACAGGACAAAGUGUUCGAUAUUGCGCCUUUAGGAAUUCGAAAAUGCAUUUUAAGUACUAACAUCGCAGAAACAUCUGUUACUAUCGACCAGAUCCGAUUUGUUAUUGAUUCCGGGAAGGUAAAUUUGGUAAAAUUUGAUUCGAAAACAGGGAUGCACUCACUUCGAGAAUACUGGACUUCUCAGGCAUCCGCUGACCAACGAAAAGGCCGUGCUGGCAGAACCGGUCCAGGUAUAUGCUACAGACUUUAUUCUCAGCAACAUUUUGAUAAAAUGGAACCGUUUACAGUUUCCGAAAUUAACAGAGUUUCGUUGGAAUCACUUGCCAUGCAAAUCGUUAGUAUGGAUCUUGGAAUUUCACCUCUUGAAUUUCCCUUUAUUGAAAGACCGAAUAUGGGUGAGUUAGAAGAAGCAGUGGAAAGCUUAUGGAGGCAGGGAAUAUUGGUGGCUGGUAAUACGAAGGCUUUAACACCUUUGGGCAAGAUCAUAGCGAAUAUUCCAGUGGAAAUACCAGUUGCAAAAGUUUUAAUAUAUGGUUGUGUUUUUGAACAAGUCGAGCCGUCUUUAACAAUUGCUGCUAGUUUAGCAACUAGCUCACCUUUCACCAAUCGAUCAUUUCGGGAACCGGACGUAUUGGAUAGAAGGAAAAAUAUUAUGUCUGAUAACGGUGAUCCGUUUGCAUUAAUUAAUGCGUAUCGAGAAUUUGUCGAAGUGCAAGCUGAACGUGAUGAUAUACGUCGAUGGGGUCGAGAAAAGGGAAUCGAUAUUCAACGCAUGUAUGAAAUUAGGCAGCUAAGACGCCAAUUUAAAGAACUAUUGGAACACAGUGGUAUUUUGGAGGCAGAAAAUGAUAUAGAUAGUCGUGAGCGUCGUAUUAAUGCCGGUGAUAGAAAACGUCUCAAUGAACUAAAAAAAGAUGCUCGUUAUGAAGUGAAGAAACGAAAAGUAUUGAAGCCUGAAGCUCAUUUCGACACAUUAAUGGAUUCUGAAGCUAAAUAUAACUUAAGUGCAAUAAUUUCCGGUAAUCUUUCACUCAUGGAUAGUGUCCAAGCUCUUGAAUUCUACAUGGAAAAUCGUGAAAGUGGUAUUCGAAAUAUUUUGAAGUCCCACCGCCUAAACGAUGCCACUUUUUCGAUUUUGAAAUUUAUUGUCACGGCUGGUGUCCAUCCUCAAUAUGCCAUACUGGAUCAGUACAAUUCGUACAAGGUCGGAAAUGAACUUUUUGCUCAUACGCGAAGAAAACCAUUUGCUGCCUUACAUCCAAAUAGUUGUUUGGCACUUUUGCCAGAGUCUUUGGAUUAUGAUCGCAGUGACAAAGGUUUAUCGAAUUAUCACCAGCUAAUUUCGUUUGCAUCAUUUAUAGAAACUACAAAGCCCUAUAUAUGUAAUAGUUUACGUGUACCAGCGCUGGCUUUACUGCUACUAUCGAAAUCGGUGAUAUGUUCGGAAGAUGAUUAUUCAAUUAUUUGUGACGAUUUCAUUAGCUAUAAAUUUCCACGGGUCAUGGAGUUUUUUUCUGUUGUGGAGCAAGCAUCUGCAACUCGUCGACAACUUACUAGAGCGCUCAAAAAAAGUCUUGAAGGAGAUCUUUCCAAUAAUCAUGCGCUUGUUAAAAGUGUUGUUUCAUUCUUGCGAUCAGACGUGGAAUACAUUCUUACUCGUCGUGCGUGUCCGGAUGAUACUAAAGAACUCGGUUUUAUACUUCCGUCGGGCGAAAAGUUGUGCGAGGACGAUGACGAAGAAAUACUAACAUCAAUAAGACUUUAUGAAGCUCAAAGCGAUUCAAGGCUAGAAGAUGAGCUCUCAAUCAACAAAACUGCCGAAAAGAAACCAAGCAUUGAAUAUUUUUGUGAUGUUUGUCAGAAGACUCUUUCUUUUAGUACAACUUUUGAUAUCCUAAGGCAUAAACGAUCUCAUUGA